AUGGAUGAUGAUAUGCAACAGUUUUCUUUACGCUGGCAUAACCAUCAGAACAGUAUAAUCGGAGCCCUAAGCCGCAUGCUGACCACUGGAGCCCUGGCUGACGUCACUCUGAGCGCUAACGGGACCACGCUGAAGGCCCAUAAAAUAGUACUUGCCUCAUGCAGUCAGUACUUUGCACAACUUUUUAAGGACCUAGAGACAGAAAACAACACAUUAGUGGUAGUUCUUGGCUGUGAUGCUGCGGAGUUGCGUCUCCUCCUCACCUUCAUGUACACGGGCGAGGUGACUGCUUCUAAGAAGAUCCUACCUUCAUUGCUAAGAUUAGCUCAAACCUUGAAGGUGUCUGGCCUAACUGAUGCCGAUACGAAUACCGCCGUCACACCGACAGACUCUGAACCAUUGGAACACGAAACCUCGCCCAUUAAUUUGGAACAUAAAAACGACGCCAUCUUGGACACGUCCGACAGCAAUUCGAAACACGACGACGAGCCGAAAGAACACGACUUCGUGCGUGAGAGAGACAGACUGAGCAAGUUGGACCAGAUUGUACAGAAUUUGUAUAGCACGCACAAGAUUGGGAGUCCUAGUGUCACACCGAUUACUGCGCCUGUGGCUAGCAUAGAACAAACAGACUACGACAGAAAAUGGCGGAUCAACAGCUCAGUGUGUACAAUUUGCAACAAGCGGCUCAGUAACCAAUAUAACCUGCGCGUGCACAUGGAAACGCACGCCGGACGGCGGCACGCGUGUCGGUCGUGUAGCCACGUGUCACGCUCGAGGGACGCGCUGAGGAAACACGUCGCCUACAGGCACGCGACCCAACAUGACAGGACGGAUGCGUGACGAGAAAUAUGCGUGUGUCGGUACAUUUUUUGAACCCAAUUGCAGAUGUAUAAUCUAGAAUGUUGUUAAAUACCACGUCGACACGUCGUGCCGUGUGGUUCCCGGCACCAAUAAAAAAAAGAAAAGGACCACUCCAUCUUGUUCCCAUGGAUGUCGUAAAAGGCGACUAAGGGAUAGGCUUAUAAAUUUGGGAUUCUUCUUUUAGGCGAUGGGCUAGCAACCCGUCACUAUUUGAAUCUCAAUUCUAUCAUUAAGCCAAACAGCUGAACGUGGCCUAUCAGUAUUUUCAAGACUGUUGGCUCUGUCUACCCCGUAAGGGAUAAAGACGUGAUCAUAUAUAUGUAUGUAUGUCAACACUUUAAAACUUAAUGAAUGUUAAAAUAUUCCUUAGUUUUUAGACACCCAAACUACUAAAAACCGCAUAAAAGGUUCCGUACAGAUAAUGAAGACUUGCUCACAAUUAUGCAAAAAAGUGAACUUCUUCACUUAGUGAGACACGCGUGUCGGACGUGUAGUAACGUGUCGCGAUGGAAAGACGCGCUGGGAAAAACACGUUGCUUACAGACACGUAACGCAACAUAAGAGAACGGAUGCAUGACCAGAAAGAUGUAUUUAAACACAUUUUUCACUAGCAAAAUUAUGAAAUAUUAAAGAAUAAAUAAAAUACUGAAAAACCACAUUGGCAUUGAAAAAAUGUGGACCAACACACAUUGCAUUGAUCAGCUUAAGACACCAAAAUAUUAUAUAGACUACACACUCUCAUACCUUAAUUACAAAAAAAAAAUAUAAUCAAACUCACUAUCGUUCUUAUAAACCCUUUAGACUAUCUACCUUUUGGUCAUCGUGUCGCGUACAAUUGUAUAAACACAAAAGACAAAAUUAUACCUUCCUUAUUAACAUUACCCACCGAAAGUAGUUGCUCUUGAGAAUUUUAUCGUAAUCUUAACAAAAGACACGUCAUACAAAAAUAACUUGUCUUCCAUAGACGUUACACAAAGGCCAUAAUUAUGGUUAUCGAUGAAAUCAAAGAGUUAUUAGACCAAUUUAAAGUAUCAAAGACAAUGCCUAUUAUAACAAGAAAUAAUCGUUUUUAAAACGAAAGAAAAAUAAACUAUUUUAAGUAACGAUAAAAAAUUAAUACUUCUCAAAGACAUAUUUGUAAUUUUUCGCCACGACUAUAUUUUAUUUAGUUAUGUUUAUUUAACUAUAAGUUAUUUAUUUCAUAUAAUUACCCUUUUUUGUAAAGACAAUACUGUAGGACUGUUGUAGGAAUCUUUAUUUAUUCAACUCAAUGUUUUUUUAUGUUGAUCAGUAUGUUAUUUAUAUCAAUAUUGUUUGUUUACAAUUUAUUCUGUGAUAUUUACCUUAGGGCGAGUCCAGACUAUGUAAGUUAUAAUAAGUGAAUACCUGUUUAUAGGUACACUUAAUGAAAAAGGUGACUGAAAAU